AUGAGUCCUAUAUUUUUUUUAUAACACACAAUUCUUGUCUCGACUCCAGGGACGGAUGUGAAAUAGAUUCUUUUAAAUAACGAUAGUGUGAGAUGAAGCUUUAAAAGACGAACAUUUCCAACUUUAUUGAGACGCAGAAUGUCUCUGGAAGACCCGUUUUUCGUUGUCAGAGAUGAAGUACAAAAGGCUGUUCAAUCAUCUAGAAAUUUGUACGAGCGAUGGUGUGAACUCCUGGACAACCCAAAGUCUGUAUCUAAAGAGGAAUAUGAUUGGACAACCAAUGAGUUGAGGAAUAGUUUGAGAAGUAUAGAAUGGGACCUGGAGGAUUUGGAGGAAACUGUAGGUAUUGUGGAGAAGAAUCCCAAAAAGUUCAAAAUAGAUACCUCAGAGCUGCUUGACAGGAGAGCUUUUAUUGAUCGGACCAAAUCAGCUGUUCAGCAAAUGAAAUCCCACUUAACCAGUCCCAAAGCUAAACCAAAGGAAGAUCUGGGUCCUCGACAGGCAUUAAUAUCCAAUGGUGCUGGUAAACAAUAUGACCGUUACACCAAACUUGACCAGGAUAUGGAGCAAGCCAACCAGAGGUUUAUUGAUGAUACUUCCCAACAACAGCAGCUCCUGAUAGAAUCUCAGGACGACCAGUUAGACAAGAUAGGUACCAGUGUUGGUGUGCUGAAAAACAUGAGUCACCAAAUAGGCAACGAACUAGAGGAACAGAAUAUCAUGCUAGAUGAUUUUGGGCACCAGAUGGAUACAACAGAAUCUAAGAUGGAUGCAACAAUGAAAAAGAUGGCUAAGGUUUUACACAUGUCUAAUGAUAAACGACAGUGGUGUGCAAUAUUUGUUCUCCUAGGUGUGUUACUUAUUGUUGUAAUACUUUUCAUGGUGUUGUGAUUCAAAUGGAAAGCUCUUGUCGCAAUACAAUCUGACCUCUGGCCAUUCCCAAGGUCAUUCAUAAAAACUGUUAUCCAAUCUGGACCACUGAUGUGAAUUCAAACAAGCAGAUGAUGCCUUUCAAACACAACAUACACUUUUUGCAUCUCUCGUCCAUCAUUUUUUGGCAAGAAAUAUACAUGCAAGUUCAACAUUCUAGUCAAGUUACUUGUAUGUAUAGAACUUAAGCUUCAGCUUGCUAUAGUGAUGGUGCAGAUCUGAUCCUAUCCAUUUCAUUAGGCCUAUGACUAUAGUACCAGCAUGUUACCAUGACUGUUAUCUGAAGAGAUUCCCUUGGUAUCUUCAGGAUCUCUAACAAAAUCACUCACAACUGUUUUAAAAAAAUCAUUGGAUGAUAUUAUUUUUACAUGUCGAGUACUUCCAGCAGAGAACCUUGUCAACGAAAGAGUAAAUCCAACUGAGCUUUAAGGCAAAGCAAAAAAAUUUUGUUGUUUUCCAUUAACCUACAGACCCAAAUUUUUUUGUGGCUUACCUAAACUUUCUUUCACAAUUUUUUCUUAUUAUUAUAUGCACUGUUAAAAUUAAGAUCACCAUCCUAAAUAAUCUUGAUAUUUGUUACAAAUUAAGGUUUUAGUUACCUUCCUGCCAGACAUUUUUCAAAAUUGACUGGAAACAAGCAAAUUUUUUAGCCUCUAGUGUCACAAUUGACAUGUUUGUUGAGGUCAUUCUCAUUCACAGUAGAUAAAAGUUGUAUAGUUCAAGUUGAAAAUAAUUAUAAAUAAGGACAAUUAGAUGUAAUUAUUUGUAACAAGUGUAAAUUAAUGCACCUGAAGUUUAUAAUUAAUGCACCUGAAGUUUGUACUUUAAAAUCGAACAAAAAUAGAUGUGAUGCUUUUGCCUUAGUAAAGUAGAUGAGGGAACUUAUACCAGGGAACACUAUAUUCUUUUGAGAUGCUAAAUUUUCUGUCUUCUUAUUUGAUGAAAAUGGCAACAAUUAAAUGUUGGAGAACUUUCCCAGUAUAGAGUAUUCCAAUUUAAGGAAUAUAUUGAAAAAUGUUUUAUGAAAUGAGCUUUCUUUGUACCUAAAUUCCGCUGACAAAGUCAGGAUUAUAAGCACCGAUUAUUUAUUCUGUAUUGUUACUAUCAUGAGAGAUUUGUUUUUUGUUUUUGGGUGCUCGAGGUUGUUACGAUGGGGAUGUAAGCUAAUAUUAUUUGUGAAAGUGAAAUCAGUUUUAAACUGAAAGGUACUGAUGUUUUUAACUGUGUGUUAUUUAUUUUUCGUGUAUUUUUAACUAUGUGGAUAAUGUAUAUUAUACAAAAAUUGUAUUUUGUGACCAGUUAACAGAUCUAGUGAUACGAUAGAAGGAUAUUUUUAGGAUUUUAUUACAACGCAUGCUAUAUACAUGUAUAUUAGUCAACAAUGCAUCGUUUACAUUCUACAUUCUAUAAGCACUGAUAAUUAAGCUUUGCAUCAUUUAUAUACAUAUACUUGAAAAAAUAGAAUCAACAUGACAACUGUGUUUCACAUAUAAACUUCAUAUAAAAUUGUUAUUUUCGGGCCUAACGGCCAUCUUCAGGCAUUACAUAUAUAUCCUGUCUUACUGUGAUCAGGGCUAUGUGCAAGUACCCGGUAAUAGUGAAGAGAUUUAUCAGUUAACUUGGUGAAAGAUGAAACAGACUUUAAGGCUAAUUAGAUCAGAACGUAUUUGAAGUAUUACUUUAUUAUGCACAGAAUAAUAAUGUACUUAUACUGGAAUUGAUUACGAUGGGAAAAUAUGUGUAAUAAAUUAAAAGUAAACAGAGUUUGUAGCAUAGCCCAUUUAAGUCUUGUGCAGUGGUUGCGGUUAACUUACAGCAAUUAGCAUAAGGUUUUUAACUCACUUAUUCCAUGUUGGCAGAAAUAUGUCACAGAAGUUUUUAUUUAAUUUCUUAUCACUUGGGAUUUUUUGCCCCCUCUCUGAUGUAUUAUAAAGUCAUUAUACUUGAAAACCAUACAGUAUGCUACAGAUUAGUUCAUCCUGUUACUUAUAAUUAUAAAGCAGGGCCCAGUUGUUCAUAAGAUGAUUAGACACAGUUCAACAACUAAUUUUAAAAUCCUGAUAAAAUCAUUUCUGGUGAAGCUAACUUGACAUUUUUUUUAUGAAACUAUUAAUAUCACUCAUCAGUCUCUUCCCACCUGCCUAUUUUAAGGAAUAUACAAACACAGAUUUUAAAGUAAAGGAGAAAUAAAACUUUCUCUAAUCGAAAGAUUAAACUUAUCACGUUUUGAACAACUGGGCCCAGAUGAUAAAUAAAAGUAAAGUUUAUAUGUGGCCAGUGGCUGGGGAUGAAUAAAAGUAAAGUUUAUAUGUGGCCAGUGGCUGGGAAUGAAUAAAAGUAAAGUUUAUAUGUGGCCAGUGGCUGGGGAUGGUGGACAUUUACUGUGGGUACAAGAGGGUAAUUUUGUGUAUAAAGAAAAUGUACUUCAUUUAUUUUGAGAACUUGAAGGGUGCACUUACAAAAAGCGACUUUAUGGUGAACAUGCAUUGCAGCCUAUACUAUAGCGAAUUUAUAGUGAACAUACAUGGUAGCCUAUCUAUGCUUUAGCAAUUUCACGCUGAACAUGCGCUGUGACCACUGAUCAGAAGAAGAAUGAAGUGGUAGAGAGUGAACUAAUAUUAUUGGUGCAUAUAUAGAGGGGUAUGUACAUUUUCCUUAUAAAAUGAUCGACCAAAUGAUGUUAAAAGUUUUACUUCUGAAUCAGUUUCUGUAAAUAGAGGGUGGUAUACACAUUUAAAGUAAAUAUUAGUAUGUAGAUAUACAAUGGCUGGACCAAUGUACAUGUAUACUUGUAGUAUGACUUAACUACUGUAUAUGGACCUACUUUGACAGUCAUACAAUGUGUUAUGUUGUAAUGAUGUGUUGAAAAAUGGAGCAGAACUUCUAAUAUUAUGUUGAAUAUCCAGAAUUCUAGUAACCCAGAUUAAUUGAGGCUGUAGGUAGUUGAAAGCUCUGUGGUGCAAGUAAACUUAACAUUCCACAAAAGCCAGAUAGUAGCAUUGUACACUACUUUAAUUUUUGAAAUGCCAUUUCGUGUUUGGUGCAUGUAUUGUACAGAAGUUUUUGAAGCGUUAAAUGAAUUAUUUUGUACAUUGUGCUAGCCAGUUAUCAUAUUUCAUCUCAUAAGCUUACUAUGUGAUGAACAUAAGAAUUGUGUGCUUAAUAAGACAAGUUAUAUUAACUAUUUAUAGUAGCGGCAGCUGAUGAACAAACAAAAACAGAUAUCACUGGUAUAUGGACACAAUAUUGUGCAUCUAUUACAAGGGACUCGGUUAUCUUAAGCUUUAUCGUCGUUAUGUAAAAAUGAUAAGGAUACCAUUCCUUUCAUCUUCCUUGAAAUGAUUGUUAGAUAUUCAAAAUCCAAGGGUUUAACUGUGAUGUACUUGGCAACUCCAUCCACAUAAACAGAUUAUGAGGCUCUAUUCUCACCAUCUUUGUUUUAACGUGUCAUAGAUUUCUUGCUACCUCUUUCUCUUUGAUCUCUUUGACAAAAACUCACCGAAAAUACAAGGCAGUAUAGCAAUAAAUCUACCUGCUUUGGUGUACUGUUUGUGACGCCUAUGAUAUCUUCUAAGAACAAGUAUAUCUAAGACUAACAAUUGGUCUGAUUUCAUGUCUGUGGCCAGUCAAAUGACUCACCUUGAACCCUCAGGUUUGCAAUGACAUGCAGUAGUCAUGUUUUAAUAGUGCAGACAAAGGCAGGUGUUACAAAGAUUAAGGCAGGAACCCUUGGAUUUCAAAAGAGGGUUCAGGUGUGUAAAAAAAUCAGUCAGUUUUCUCAGAAUUUUUGUUUUAGUUUUUAAGUCAGAUAAUAAAGAGCAUCAUCUCAUACACAUUUACAUCUACAAGGUAUUUAAUUGUCAUUGCUACAGUAUUAUUGUAUCUCAUCCCUAGAAAAUGUCAAAUUUGACUAUCUCCAGUAUUAUCAAUAUCUAUACCCUAGCAUUUUGAACUGUUUAGGGGCUUCAUCAUUCUGAUAAACCAGAGUUACUUCCCUUUGGUCCACUCUAUCAUAAGGUAUAGUGAUAAGCUUGACAACCAUCGAGAAUGGGGCUUCUUCAGAUAUAGUAAAGUAGUUGUACAUUAAGCAGUAAUACAGAUGUGCUGUAAUUGUCACAGUUCAGGUUUUAAUUUUUGAUUUUAUAGAGAAAAGAUGAAAAAAUAGUUGGGAGUUUGCACCUAACUCUUUAUCCUGUAUAUUAUAUUUAGUUUACCUUGUUGUACAGCGUGUUGCAUGUAGAUUUAGUACAUAGAUAAGACACCAAAAACACAACAAUGGUUGUACUUUAAUUAUGCAGGUGUACAGUUCUUCUUUAAGUAUUUUGUUAUUGUUUGUAUAAAGUGCUAGUAAAGGAGGGAUAACAUUGUCUGAUUUUGAGAAGCAUCACCCGAUCUUCUGUGUCUGUAUCAUGCAUGUUGUAAAGGGACAUAACUUUGGUAAUAUUUCAUAGAGUCCAACAAAUAGAAUUUGGGAAUCCCUGUUGUUUUUUUUAAUUUUAAAUAUCAAAUGAAAUAACGCUUCCUUUGAAGAAGAAAUUUUUAACUUAGAAAUUUGUGUAUGUGGUGGUGGGGGGAUAAUAAAUUAAGGACCAAACAAGGGGCCACAAUCUUUUAUUGACUUUCCUUUAGUUCUUUUAGUUAUUGCCCUUCAUUUUUAUCGUAAACUUGAGGAUUAUUUGAUUAUCAUUGCUACCUAAAUUUCUUCAUAUUUAAUGCACAAUGAAUUAUUUGUUUUAACAAACAUGAAAGGCAUUUUGUUUUUCAGCUCCUCUGUGAUCUGAAUAUUGUGAAGGAAAAUGGCAAUUUCUACAUUUUUUGUAAAAUACAAUCUCUAUAUAUACCAUACCCAUUGAACUAAUGAAUGUGCUAUAUUUUAUAAAGGUGUUCACUGUUGUGAUAUGAAACAAGUCAAUAUGCAUAUUCUUCACUUACAGACAUUAAGCUGCAAUAGAAUUAGGUUUCCUAUUAUAUAACAGAAGUUAAAUUGUAUUAAAAACUUCAUUUUCAGUUCUCUUGAUCUAAAAUAUAAGGGUACAUCUGUCAUCAUUCCAUCAUGACUAAGACUUGAGUUGUAUAUCUUCAUCUUUUUUCUGAAAAUUUGUUUGAGUUAGAAUCAGUUGUCUAUCUACCAUGGUUUAAACUUAAGAGAUCUAUAUGUUACUUUCACUGAAAAUCUAAAAACUACCCCUUCUUACUUUCCUACUCAAUUUGAUAUCAAAGAGACCACCACAUCAUGACACCGAUAUUUGUGAUUUGAUAACUAGUCGAAGAGUACUGCCUUAGUAUUUCUAGAAUCUAAAACUUUAACAUAGCUUUGAUUGGCACAUGUUCUCUUCUGAGCUUAACUGACUAUGUGUUAACAGUGAAGACAGGAAACAAAAAUCUGUUGAACAUUACUUAAAUGUGAAAUCUUAAUUGACUUACAUUAAGAUAUAGUGAUAAUUGUAAACCUUCCUUUCACCACAUCAAUGCUUUCAGCAACAUUUCACAUUCAUAUUCACAUUAUAUUCAGAUAAUUUCUAUUUUCCUUCUCUGAACUAGUCUUUUGACAACAUGUUUUUAACCUGAGUCAGAUACACCAAUUCUGAUUGACUAAUCUAGUUUUCGGUAAAAAAAACCUCUCGCAUACUAUUUCCCUGCAGUUUUGUUCAUAGGGACUUGCCACAAAUUCCCAAUCCACGGUCCAUAUUACCUGGGUUUGUAAUUUGUGCCAAAUCCCUAUGGUUUUGUUUGCCCUUUUACUCUGUUAAGAAGGCCCAAUUGGCCUCUUGUUAAUUUUUCUUCAAGUUGCCGCUACUUUUCAUUUUAUCAUGGUUGUUAGAACAUAGGUCACACAAGUUUAGAACUUAAACUUUACCUAUUGUAGCUGCUUCAUACCAGUGAUUAUCAUUAUAGAGAGUUGCAUCUGUUGUACCUACUUUUAUCAAAUUGCAUUUUAAAUGCUACAAGGGUUUUAUUUUAAAACAAAAAUGAUGAGUUUGAUAUGUUAAAACCACCAGCCACAAUGUACUUCUGUAACAUGCACGAUGUGCCUGACUGUAAAUUUGUAUAAAGUAUAUAGUGUAUAUGCCGUGUAUUGAUGAAAUAAACAUCUAUGCAUGGCAAAUUGU